AUGGCUCUCACCAAUGGAGAGACCGUCACUAUCUCCAUCCGUCGUCCAACGGAGACCCCCGCCAUCUACGUUGCGGGGACCUUCUCGAAUCCCAAAUGGGAGCUCUUGGAGCUCAGCGCCAAACCCAUAGAGCACAAGGAUGCGGACGGGAACUCCACUAAGACCGAAUACCUCUUCUCCAGAGACGUUGAAUUGCCCGAGGGUCAAUACGAAUAUCGGUUCAGGGAGGGUACCGACGGUCCGUGGUUCCACGAUAAGGAUGUGAAGCAUGCUGCUGAUGACGAAGGCGUCGUCAACAAUAUCCUCGCUGUUGGCUCGAGUUCAUCCGCUGCGGCGCCUGUUGCUGCGGAAGCUAAGGCUGUCGAGAAGGAAACCGAGACUCCUCUUGAGAAUGGCACCAGCGAGAAGGUCGAGGAGACCGCGGAAGAGUCCGAGGUGCAAGCCACAACGACGACUGAGGCGGUGAAGGAUGAAGCGCCAAAGCAGACUGAUAUCCCUGUGGUUGUCGACAAGGAUCUGCACGCUGAGUCGGAACCCAAGACACAGGAGGUGAAGCUGGAGCCUGUUUCCGAGACAUCCAAGCAGAGCGAUAUCCAGGAGGACGCCGGAACACAACCUGCCUCUAACGCAGCCGCAGAACCUAAGACCAACGGCACACACUCUACUGAGCAGAUUUCUGGAUCACAACCUGAUGAUGCCGUCGUGGAGAAGGCGGAGCCAGUGGAAGAGAAGACGACUGAGGCUUCUCUGACAACUACAAAAGACGCCGAAGAAGACAAGCCUGAAGAGAUUCCCAGCACUUCGGUUGAAGCCGAGAAGCCUGAGACAAAGGAGGUCGAGAAGGUUGAGGAUCAGAAGCUGCAAGAUGUUGAAAUCGUCCCUGCUACAGUUGAAGAGAAGACGAAAGCUGCUAAAGAAUCGGAAGAGUCAGAGUCUGCCCUCGGAAAGUCCCAGGUAGAAGCUGCGCCCGCGCAAACAGUGACGGAGGAAGUGCCUGUUGCGGAAUCUAAACUAGUGGAGCCAUCCUCAGCCGAAUUGACGAAGGCCGAGACGGCGCCUACAGAGACAGCCACUGAUGAGGCGACACUUGCCGAAGAAUUGUCCAAGAAAACAGUGCCUGCGGAGCCUAUCGCUGAAGAGAAGGUUCAAACGACCCUCCACGAUGAGUCACCCGCCCUUAACAACGUAGAGGAACAGCCAGCACAGGAGUUUGCCGAGGUGAAGAAGGCGACAGACGAGCCAGUCGAGGCUUCUGGUGUCGAGCACUCAGCCACCGAGGAGGUCGCCGUUGAGGAACAGAUCAAGGAUUCCGCCCCUGAGGAGAUUCCUGAAGAUUCUAAGAAGGGCGUUGCUUCAGAGACCCCUGUCGCAGAGUCAUCGACGACUGAGAAGGUCGAAGAGACAGCCCCUGACACUGAGAAGGAGGCGGCUGUUGAAGGAUCUGCCAAGGAACUGAUCCAUGAGGAGAUUUCUGAGGUUCCCAAGAAGGAAGUUGCUGCAGAGACUCCUGUCGCAGAGUCAUCGAUGACUGAGAAGGUCGAAGAUACAGCCCUUGACACUGAGAAGAAGGCGGCUGUUGAAGAUUCCGCCAAGGAACCGAUUCACGAGGAACAAGCAACUGGGACUGUUGUUGCCGAAGAACCCGCUAAGGAAACCCUGGUUGAGGCGGCUUCCGCAGAGGAGCCUGAGGUGAAAUCCGCUGAAGAGCCUACCGUCGCUGAAGAAUCCGCCAAGGAGACUGUCGACGAGCCAACUGUUGAGAUUGCUUCCACAGAGGAUUCAGCACCUACUGCGGAAGUGACAGCCGCCAAGGAGCCCGAGGCGCAGGCAACGGAAGAGCCAGCCGCUGAUAAAACCAUCAACAAGGAGGCUGAGGCACCAACGGGAGAGCCUACUGCUGCCCAAGAGUCCGCCAAGGAGCCCAUCGGCGAUGAGCCAGCAACGCAGGCGCCUCAGGCCGACGAAUCAACAGAGGAACCCUCUGCCGAAUUGGCAGCCGCCGAAGAAAUCACCGGCAAGGAGGCUGAGACACAUACGAAGGUGUCUACCACUACUCAAGGACCUGCCAAGGAACUUGUCGGUGAUCAGCCUGCUGUUCAAUCUGCCCCAGCCGAGGAGACCAAGGAACCAGCUAAGGACGAGACCACUCAAGUGGUAGCCGCCGAAGAACCUGAGCCACAGGCAGUCAAAGAACCUGCUGUUGAGGAGACACCUGCCACAAAGCUCGAAACACCAACGGAAGAGUCCACUACUGCAGUGGAGCCUGCUAAGGACCCAGUCAGCGAGGAAACGCCGAGUCAAGCUCUUCCUGCCGUGGAGCCUUCCAAGGAAGAGCCUGCUAUCGAAAGUGCACCAGAACCCUCUGUUGCAGCCGACGUCAAAGAACCUGUUCAAGAUGAAGCUGCGACCGAAACUUUGGCUGACAAGCCGAUCACUCAGGAGGCUGUUGCUGAAGAGUCUUCCAAGCCAUCGGAAGUAAGCGAACCCGUAGUCUCGGAAGUCAUCGCUGAAACUCCUGCGGCUGAAGAGGCUGCCUCGAGCGAAAAGCCUGCGGUAGCGCCAAAGGCUGAAGAACCAGAGGUUGAGGAACACCCCGUUACCCAGGAACCAGCAAACGACUCCCAUGUCGAAGCAGUCGAGGAAAAGGCUGCUGAGUCCAAGGAUGAAGCUCCUGUUGCUCCCGAGGCGCCAGAGGCACCGGCUGCUGACACGGCCAUCCCUGAAUCUGCGAGGGAAUCUCCCGAGGUCGAAACUGCAGCUAAAGAGCCGGCCACUGUCGAACCGGCCCAAGAACCCAUUCCUACCACCGGAGAGCAAGCUAACGAAGAGGUGGCCAUCACCCAGCCCACCGAAGCUGCUGCUACCCAGGAAGCAGUUCCUGCGGAAGUAUCGGAGGUAAAGGAGGCAAUUGAAGAACCCGUUGCCGUUACUGAGAAGUCCGAAUCGCCCGCCGAUGAGCCUACUCUCUGCAAGGAUUGCGGUCCCGAGGACGCUACAACUGAGGAGGCCGCUACCCAGGAGCCCAAGGCCAGCGACGAGGCUGUUGAAGAAACCAAGGCCACUGAAGUGACUAUUGAAGAGCCAACUGCGACGGAGACAACUGAAUCCGCCCCGGUUGAGGAGGCCGUUGAGCCAGAGACAGUGAAGGAACCCGAAGCGGUGGCACCGGUUGCUGAAAAUUCCAUCGAAACCGCGGUCGUUCAGGAGGACGCUACUGAGAAGGAGCUCGCUCAAGAGACAGCCUCUAAGGACGUGAUGAAAGCAGAGGAACCCUCUGUUGCUGAGGAAGUAGUUUCUUCGAAGCCCACGACGGCAGAACCAGUCUCAGAGCCACAGACCAGUGAGGUGACUGAACCUGCUGAGCAGGAAGCCACCACUCAGGCCCCUGCUGAAACUGAAACUGCCGAAGUCGUAGCGGCUGAAGAGCAGCAGGAGGAUGCUACCACCGGCAAGGAAGCUCCUCAGGAAUCCGUGGCUAGGAGCGUUGUCGAGGAGACUGCACCGGUAGAACCUACUGAGACCGAAGCGGCUGUCGCCACCCCUGCUAUUGAUGAACCUGCAAAGAAUGAGAGUCCCAAGGACGUAGUGUCCGCAGAGCCCUCUCAGGAAUCAACUUCCGAGGACCCAGCUAUCCAGGAGGCGGCCACUGAAGCGGUUACUGCUAGCGCCUCGGCCGAUGAGCCUGCUGUGGAGAAGCAAGUCGAAGCCCCGGCUACUGUCGAGGAACCCCAAGAAGAAGAGAAACCCGCGGAACAGGCCGUAGCCAGUGAGCCACAAGAGGAGCUCGCAGUAGAGCAGGUCCCCACGAAGAAUGUUGCUGAGGAGCCAGUCGCAGAAGAAGCGACCAAGCACACAGAGGAGACCACCACUGAGCCCGUCGAGUCUGUCGCUGAGCCGGUAGAGUCCGUCGAGCCCGCUGUCGAGCCCGCUGCCGAGCCCGCUGCCGAGCCUGUUGCUGAGCCUGUUGCUGAGCCCGUUGCUGAGCCCGUUGCUGAGCCCGUUGCUGAGCCCGUUGCUGAGCCCGUCGCUGAGCCCGCCAUCGCACUUGCGACUGAAAAGCAAAGCGAGGUUCAAGAGGUUGAAGAAACUACCGACGAAGCGAAGCCUGAGGUCGUCCAGGAAGAUUCUACUGAGACACCAGCAAAACCUGAGGUCAAUGGUGUGGUCAGCAGCAGUGGCGAGGUAGACCAAUCUCCAACCGGUGAAGAGGAGGCCGCUAAGGUCGAAUCCGAACCAGUAGCCUCUGAGGAACCCAAGGUUGAAGGGUCUGCCCCUGUUUCUAAUGGCGACUCUUCGGUUGAGAAAGACGUCGAUCCUUCCGCUCAGCCUGUCCCUCCAGUCCAAGAUGCCACCCCCGAGCCCACCGUGGAGGCCGCCAAGGACACAGAAGAGAAGGAUUCUAUUGUAACUCCUGAGCUCGUUGGGGCUGGUGCCGCAGCUGCCAUCGCUGCCGGUGCUGUUGUUGCUGGAGUCGCUUCCACGUCUCACAAAGAGCCUGAAGUCGUUGCUACACCUAAGGACGAUGUGAAUGCCAAGGAACAGUCUCAGCCUCAUGACGGCAAGCAGGAAAGUUCUCACCUCGUACCUGCAGCCCAGACCGCCGACAAUAAGCACACGGAAUCCUCCAUUUCAAAGGACAUGCCCACGCCAGACCCGGAAAGUGAUCCUGCUCUUGCAGCACUUGCUGGUGACCGCGAAGCUCUGCUCCGAAAGCUGGAGUUGCCAUCCACUGAACAGUUGCCUGCGGAACCUACUUUGUCCACCAGCGAUAAGCAGGCUUUGAAGCCAGCCGGUCACGACGAGCGCUCUCCUGCAUCUACCGACGGCCCAUCCGUCGCGACCGAGUCUACCGCUCCUACCGAGGGCGAUGCCGGCAAGGCAAUUGCCCCCAAGAACAACGAGGAGUCUCGUUCUCCCAGUCAAAAUCGGAAUCUGUUCUUGAUGACCGUUUUCGCUGCACCCUUGCUGGCUAUUAUUUGGCGUGCAUAUACCCGAUAA